CGUAGCUUGAUGGCGCAAAAGCUCAGAACGCUUUUUACGUAGAAAAAGUACUGAAUAGCCUUUACGCAAACGCUGUAAACGUCAACAUGGGGAAAUUCGGUUUGCAGUUUAAAGCGACGUUGGAGAAUGUUACAAACGUUAGACCUGAAGGAGACGACUUCCGCUGGUAUUUAAAGCUCAAGUGUGGGAAUUGUGGUGAGCUCUCAAACAAAUGGCAGUACAUCACAUUGCUGGACAGUAUGCCGCUGAAAGGAGGCCGAGGCAGUGCCAGUAUGGUUCAGAAGUGUAAACUGUGCUCCCGGGAAAACUCAAUAGAUAUCCUGAAGGACACGAUCACGCCGUAUAACGCGGAGGACAGUGAGAGGUUCAAGACCAUGGUGCAGUUCGAGUGUCGAGGCCUCGAACCGGUCGACUUCCAACCUCAGGCUGGAUUUGCAGCUCAGGGCGCGGAGACGACCUCUCAGUUUCCUGAAAUCAACCUUCAGGAGAAAGUAAGUCAGAGUUUGCACUUAUUAAGAACGUCCAGUUGUGUGUGUGUAACAAUCCAUCGUUCUGUUUCAGGACUGGACGGACUACGACGAGAAAGCUGCUGAAUCAGUGGGCAUCUACGAAGUUACACAUCAGUUUAUCAAGUGCUGAGGGCGUUGGAGAUGGAGCACAAACACUGUGGCUGGAGGGAACAUUUAUAAAAUUCAACAAAAAUGCUUUUGCUGUUGAAUUGUGUAUGGAUGUGUUUGGAAAACAGGCAAGAACAUUCACUACAUGAAAGAUGAUCAGUGCCUCAGAGAUGCAGGUGUGCAGUAAAAUAAAGCUCUGAAAGAA